GCACUGGAAUUCAAAGAAUGUAAAUUGUUACAGCGAGCGCGUACGGUGCCAUUGAGAAGUUACGAACACUUUUUGGUUGCCUCGGAUAUCCCGACGGGUGUCUCUGACCAUGUCUCAGGUAGAUAAACUCAAGCAAGGGCAGUUCACCAACCCAGAAACGCCUGGUUAUGUUGGAUUCGCAAAUCUCCCCAACCAAGUCCAUCGAAAAUCAGUGAAGAAAGGCUUCGAGUUCACGCUCAUGGUCGUUGGGGAGUCUGGGCUGGGGAAGUCGACGUUGAUCAACAGCCUCUUUCUGACUGACCUGUACCCUGAGAGGAUCAUCCCGGGGGCAGCAGAAAAGAUUGAGCGUACGGUACAGAUUGAGGCGUCCACAGUUGAAAUUGAGGAGCGCGGUGUGAAGCUCCGUCUGACUGUGGUCGACACGCCUGGCUACGGAGAUGCCAUCAACAGCCAGGACUGCUUCAGCACCAUUAUUGCCUACAUCGACGACCAGUUCGAGCGCUACCUGCAUGACGAGAGCGGCCUGAACCGCCGACACAUCGUUGACAACCGCGUCCACUGCUGCUUCUACUUCAUCUCCCCCCUGGGACACGGUCUGAAACCUCUUGAUGUGCAGUUCAUGAAGGCCAUCCAUAACAAAGUGAACGUGGUGCCUGUCAUCGCCAAGGCUGACACCCUUACACUCAGGGAGCGGGAGAGGCUCAAGAGAAGGAUUCUUGAUGAGAUUGACGAGCAUGGCAUUAAAAUCUACCACCUGCCUGAUGCUGAGUCUGACGAGGAUGAGGACUUCAAGGAACAGACCAGGAUUCUCAAGGCCAGUAUCCCGUUCGCAGUGGUGGGCUCCAACCAGCAGAUCGAGGCCAAGGGGAAGAAGGUGCGGGGGCGGCUGUACCCCUGGGGGGUCGUGGAGGUGGAGAACCCGGAGCACAACGACUUCCUCAAGCUGCGCACCAUGCUCAUCACUCACAUGCAGGACCUUCAGGAGGUGACUCAGGAUCUGCACUAUGAGAACUUCCGCUCGGAGAGGCUGAAGCGCGGCGGCAGGUUGUCCUCUCAUGGUUAUGUUCUGCCUCUCUCGCCUGCGAAGGAACAGCCAGUGCCGGAGGAAAUGGACAAGGACAUGAUCUUACAGGAGAAGGAGGCUGAGCUGCGCCGUAUGCAGGAGAUGAUCGCCAAGAUGCAGGCCCAGAUGCAGAAACAAGGAGACGGAGAGGGAGAUCACGCCUGAGGGACUCGCCACUAACAGGUCCAGAACUGCCAGUUGGUUUGGGAUGGAAGGAAAGACCACAGAAGUGCAAAGACGUGCAAGAAGAAGUGAAAAGAUUGCCAUGGUUUUAAGAUUUUUUUUAUAACAGUAUUUGUUUUUUUAUUAUUAUUAUCAAGGCACCAUUACAUUGUUUGUCUAACUAUAAUCCAAAUGAAAAGCGAGUGUUUUUCUCUUUUGUUUUCUCUUCUUUUUGCUUUUUUUAUGUUGCUGCAAAGAGCCAAAUAUUUUUAUGUGUGCACAUAUAUAACCUAUACUUUUUGUCAUCCCCAUUGAAGUAACCAGUUGUAUUUUCUUACUGUAAUUCCAACACACUGCCACCGAUUAUAUCGGUGAACUGACCAGAUGUUUUCCUUUUGGUCAGUCAUUUAAAGGAAGGGCGGUUUGUAGCUAUUGCAAUAUUUCAAGUAGGGGAAUUGGGAGGAGUAAUUGGUUAUGAGAGAAGCUUAUGAAUAUGCAUGUUGGUAUUGACCUUGAAACUGUGCCUCAGUGAACACCCAGCUGUUGUCUGCCUGAUACAUCUUAUUGUUUCAGACCAAAAUGUGACAUAACAUUUGAAGGAGGAGGUAGCUCUGAUACUUAACAAAGCUACCCAGUAUUUUGUGCCCCUCUUUUUUUAUUAUCCUAUGUGGUCUGUUACAAAAUGCUGUGUAAUUGUCUAGUAUUAAGCGGUAUAGAUUUUUAAUGUCGGUUUUCAUUUUUUUAUAAGUCAUGAGUUCACAGUGCUUUGAUGGUUAACCAAGGUAACAUUCCAGUGUCCCCCCUUUCUUCUCAUGACAUUUAUAAUAAACCAAUAAAGAUAUUUUUAUUGUG